UGCUUCCUUAAGAAAUUGAUUGUCACAGUGAUCAACUGUGAUAAACCGAUUCAUUAAAAAAGCUUGAAAAAGGACAAAUUUUAUGACACUGGAACCGUACUUAGGAAACGGUUUUGUUCAAUCGUAUCAAGCCAAGUAAAGCCGAUCAAUAAACUUCUGGCAAUGUGUUCUUCCCUCAUAGAGGUGUAUCAUUUCAUUCAUUCAUAAAUCAAUACAAGGAAACUCUUGCAAGUUUUUUGUCGGCUUUACUUACUUUUGGUGUUCCUCAUGAAACAAAAAAGAGAACAAUCCCUUGAUAUUUACUGACUGUCCCUGUGAUCGGACGAAACACCGAAGGUUGUUGGGAAUACAUUGAUGAAAUAUAACAGGUAAUAAUUCAAUGUUUAUAUUGUACCAUUAUCCCCGUAUCUCCCGGAACUCUUUUUCUUGCAUCUCAAGUGAAUUUGGAUAUUUCUGGUUAAGAAGAGCUGUAUUAUUCAUCAAGAAAAGAAGAGCUUUAACAAUGGCAGGCCCAUAUGAUAAAUUCUCAUGGAAGGAAGUACGUGAUCUAUUUAGAACAUGGAGAGAAGAUGGUGAACGACGAAGUAAAGAUGUAGUUGAUUUAUGGGAGUCCAAAUUAAUGGGAAAAAUUGAUCAACUUGGCAAUGAAAAAUAUCUAGUUGUGGAACAAGUCUGCAUAGCAGCAUUGGAUUGUGAGCAUCUUUCUUUAUCAGAUUAUUGUAUAAAGAUACUAAAUAGGGAAUUUCCUGGCAGCUUAAGAGUCCGCAAAUAUCAUGCCAUGUACCUGGAAGCUGUGGAAAUGUAUGAUUAUGCAUUACAAAUUUUGGACUCUAUAAUAAAAAGGGAUGAAACUAAUGCAGCACCAAGAAAAAGACGUAUAGCUAUAUUAAAAGCAAAAGGUCGAAUACCAGAAGCUAUUAAGGAGCUUACAGAAUAUUUGAAAAAAUUUAUGAGUGACCAAGAAGCAUGGCAUGAAUUAUGUGAUCUAUAUUUACAAGAACAAGAAUAUUCUAAAGCUGCUUUCUGUAUGGAAGAACUCAUAUUGCACAAUCCACAUAGUCAUUUAAUUUAUCAAAGAUAUGCUGAAAUAAAAUAUUCUCAGGGUGGAUUUGAAAACAUGGAAUUAGCAAAAGCAUACUUUUGUCAAGCUGCAAGAUUGAAUCCAAAUAAUAUUAGAGCUUUGUAUGGUUUACUAUUGGCAACAAAUAACAUUGCUACAUCUCCUAAAUGCCCUUCUUCUAAAAAGAAAGAUGCAAUAAAAUUAAGUGAAUGGGCAGCUAAUCAAAUUGAAAAACAAUAUGAAUCAAAAGUAUCAGAUGAAAAUAUUAAAGCACUGGAAGGAUUACUAGGACAAUUGCAACUCGAAGUUUAA